GCUCUUUCUCGCUUUCACCGGCACUUGGCACUCGAAGUUAACAGCAGAUUGGAAAUCGCUAGGAUCUUAGCAAGCAGCUUCUAGCUGUGUGUGUGUUUGUGCAGAGGGAACUCUCAGCCGAUCAAGAUCCCUCACUCCGGACGAGGAGCAGCAGACACCAGAGAUCCCAGGCCGGGACGCCCUCUCUUUCCCAGACGCUCACCGCCGUGACGGAGUCACCCGAGGCACGUGGGACCAGCGCGCUGGGAACGGCCUGAACGAAUUUGCCACCGACUCCUGCUGGCUGCAAAGGGGACUGGACAGCUCUCCUUGGGGUGAUAUCUGACUCGGUUGUGUUUGUGUGAGACAUCCUUGGGGAGGCAAGAGGGGGCGGUGUGUGCCUUUCGGGAGAGGAUUUAAAAGCAGGGCGGGAGUGUUAAUAAAUUAAAAGCCCCGGGUAACCACUAGGGCUUUAUCGCUAGCUCUGUUGCAUUGCUGCUUGGUUUAGCCUGUUCACGCCACAGGUACCAUGCAGCUGGAUAGCAUCACCAAUGGGAGCGUCCACACCUUCCAGGGGCACCGCGGAGUAGCCAAUAAGCCCAACGUGAUCCUGCAGAUAGGGAAGUGCAGGGCUGAGAUGCUGGAGCAUGUCAGGAGGACCCACCGGCACCUCCUCACGGAGGUGUCCAAGCAGGUGGAGCGGGAGCUGAAAGGCUUGCAGAAAUCAGUGGGGAAGCUAGAGAAUAACCUGGAGGACCAUGUCCCAUCCACGGACAACCAGAGGUGGAAAAAGUCCAUCAAGGCCUGCCUGGCCAGAUGCCAGGAGACUAUUGCCCACCUGGAGAGGUGGGUUAAGAGGGAGAUGAAUGUCUGGAGGGAGGUGUUCUUCCGCCUGGAGAAAUGGGCAGACCGGUUGGAGUCUAUGGGGGGCAAAUAUGGCCCCACGGACCAUGCCAGGCAGACUGUCUCCGUCGGGGUGGGCGGCCCGGAGAGCAGGGGCAAUGACGGGGAGAUUUACGAUUACGCCCUUGACAUGAGCCAGAUGUAUGCACUGACUCCCUCUCCCGGGGAGAUAACUAGCAUGCCCCAGCCCCACGACUCCUACCAGUGGAUCACUGCCCCGGAGGACGCUCCGGCCUCCCCGGUGGAGACCCAGAUCUUUGAGGACCCCCGGGAGUUCUUGAGCCACUUAGAGGAAUAUUUGAAGCAGGUGGGAGGGACUGAGGAGUACUGGCUCUCUCAGAUCCAAAACCACAUGAACGGCCCAGCUAAAAAGUGGUGGGAAUACAAGCAGGACUCGGUCAAGAACUGGGUGGAGUUCAAGAAGGAGUUCCUGCAGUAUAGCGAGGGCACUUUGACCAGGGAUGCCAUCAAACGGGAGCUGGAUCUACCCCAGAAGCAGGGGGAACCCCUGGACGAGUUCCUCUGGCGUAAGAGAGACCUGUAUCAGACACUCUACACUGAUGCAGAGGAGGAGGAAAUUAUCCAGUAUGUGGUAGGCACCCUCCGGCCCAAAUUCAAGCACUUCCUGAGUCACCCCUUGCCCAAGACCUUAGAGCAGUUGAUCCAGAGGGGGAAGGAAGUCCUAAGUGACUUUGACCAGUCAGAAGAGCCGACCCCGCAGAGAACCCCAGAGCAUCAGCCAGGGGACUCGGUUAAUAGCUUGCCACCUUCAACCACAGCUAGUCCCAUUGCCAGCGAUGAGACGCAACCCGAGCUCCCUACCCCACCAGCUACGGUGAUAUGAGCUAGUACAAGUACGGGAUUGGCCUGUAUUAUACAAAGGUGUGGAGGGGACUGAUUUAGGAAGCUUCUCCUUAGUGAGAGGUUCUGGCUGUGACCAGUCAUGGCUGGACUCAGUCCAAUGGCCCUCGGCAGAGGAAUGAACUUUGUUUACGGAUGGGCCACGUGAGAACGUAGCUGCCUGCCUCACCCAAGUCAUGUGACGGGGGUGGGGGCAAGUCUGAGGAUACUAUUUUAACCACUGUGGGGUGGACAGUUUUAUGAUACUCCCGGCAGGAAGCUAGACAGUUCCCCCCUGCAGAGGCAGCCACCCUAUGCUGGCGCCUUUCAAGGACUUCAAACAGGUGCAGCUAUUGACCAAGAGUUCCAACCUACCCACCAGUCUCGUAUCCUCUGGAGAGGGGUCCCCUUCCUCAGUGGAACAUCCUUGUUUUGACUCUUGCCCAUCUCUGCCUUACUGACGGGGCUUCGUCCAGCCCAAGAGGAAACCACUGGCUUCCGCUUCCCUCGCAUCCUCCCACCAAAGCUUCAGGGAGGAAACUUUUUAAAAGUUCAUAAUGGUUUCGAAGUGAGCCUAGAACUGCGGCAAAUGGCAACUUGAAGGGGUUUGAUCAAUUUUACCACCUGCCGUUGUAUCUCACCCGGCACCUGCUCUCAUUUUUCCUCCCAGUGGUUCUCUUCCAUUCCCAGUUCCUUCUCUCCCCGUGGGUGACCCAUGCCAACAGGCCGUUGCAGCAACAAGGGAAAUUUCAUCCCAUGUCUGCUGCUACCAUGGGGAGGGAAGCCCAAACUCACUCCCCCACCAUCCCUCCAGGUGGCAAUUCAGCACGUGCUGUUUCACCACUAGACUGGGCGCAACUAAACCUUUGUUCCUUGCUGCAUUAGUCUUCUCUAUCUGAGAUUCAGGACCAGGCAGAUUAAUGGGGAUAAGCCAGAGAUCUUUCUACUUUGGGCGAUGUGAGGUGGGGCAAUCAGACAAGGCACCAACGUUGUACAGGGGUAAAUUCCUAUUUUUUUUAUAUCAAACAAACACACUCUGAACUCAGAGCAAAUAUCCCCCAAGCAGCAAAGCAAGGCCCCUCCAUUGGAGAUGCCAGGACAGUAGGACAUCAUCAGUCUGUUUCUGUGGGACUUUGCUACAGGAAAGCAGAAACAAAGUUAAGAGGUGGUAUAUGUGUUGGGUCCCAGACCCUGCUUGCAAAGAAGACUCCUGGAUGGCAGAUCUACAUACACGUUGCUUUUGGAAGGUCUGAUGUCCUAGGUCUGAGGAAUCUGAUGGCAGAACUGUGUCUAAAACCGAUGGACUUUCUAAACCAGCCCCUUCGUUCUGCAAACUGGAACUAGAUGGAGCUGGAAUUGGGCUCUGUGCUACUUUUCCACGUUAAAUAUCAAAGACC